UAUAUGUUUUUAACAAUUAAGCAAAGAACAAGAAAGUUCUGAAUACAUCUUGUUUUGUUUCCAGAAAAAUAUUACAGUUUGGCUUUUUACGGCGUAUGUAUUUGCAUUGAUGAUAGCUGAAAUAAACACCAAAGAAGGUCGUGAGAAAGAUUCUAUGGAUGGAGAAGAUAAACAGUAUUUUUCAAUCACCACAAUGGAAAAUAUUCCGAUAAAGAAUUUUCAUCGACUAAAACGUGAGAGCCUUGUAUUUGAAGAGGAUGACUUUGAUCCUAAUGGAGGAUAUGGGUCAUGGUCGAAAUGGAGUCCUUGCAGUAAAAGCUGUGGAAAAGGACAACGGACACGCAGACGAACUUGUCAUGAUGUCACAAGGUGUCAUGCUGGGAAUGUGGAGUUACAGAAUUGCCAUUUCAGGAAAUGCAGAUCUUGAUUAU